AUUCAGUGUAAGAAGCAUCAGCUUGAGCUCUGAGAGGAUUUCUGUCGUCUUCUCUCUUCUCUGGUGGAGUGCAUGUAAAUGAUGGAAACAUUGGUGACGUUCCUCCUCACUGGAUCUCUGAUACAAGGUGUUUUGUGUGGCUACAAAAUCAAUCUGCCAAACAGAGUAGAAGCUCUAAAAGGAUCCUGUGUUUUCAUACCCUGCACAUUUGAUAUCGAUCAACAAUUGAACAGUUACCUCACUGAUAGUGCAAAGAGAAAAUGGUUUAAAGGCAAUAUCCUCCAGUUUGACUCCAGCAGCCCCAACACUGGACUGUUAAAAGGAGAAAUAUUCGGCACUGCUACACAGAAAAACUGCAGCACACGCUUCGAUAAUGUCAAUCAGAGUCAUGAUGGGUCAUAUUACUUCAGACUUGAAGCCAGCGGUAACUUGCAAUAUAGCUACAAAGAACCUACAUACUCCCAAGUUGAAAUUUCGGUCUUAGGAUCUCCACCCAAACCCACACUGAGUGUCUUUAAGGAUCAGCAGGAGGUGAUGGAGACGGAGGAGGUGAUGGAGGAAGUUCAGUGAGUCUGCGCUGCUCUACUAAGAUCUUCUGUCCGUCUCGUCCACCGUCUCUCACAUGGAGCUCAUCUCUCAAUGAGAACAUCACAGGACGGCAGUAUCAGAACCAAACUGAGCUCAUCUCUGAUCUGAACUUCACUGUUUCUCACCGUCAUCACGGAGUCACUUUCAACUGCUCUGCAACACACCAGCUACAGCAGAAGAUCACAACACAAGAGUCCCAAAUGAUACGAGUUCAGUAUGCUCCUAAAAACACAUCAGUGAGGAUAAACCCAGCUGGUUUAGUUCUUCUGGAGGGUCGUUCAGUGACUCUGAGCUGCAGCAGUGAUGCAAACCCAGCAGUGAACUACACCUGGUACAGAGACACUGAAGAACUCCUGAAUCCAGUUCAGACCGGACCAAACCUGACCAUCAACAACACUGACCCGACACACAGAGGACGAUACUACUGUAGAGCUGAGAACAAACACGGCACUCAGAACACAUCAGUGCUGCUGGAUGUCCAGUAUGCCCCAAAAAACACAUCGCUGUCAGUGUUUCCCUCCAGCUCAGUGAUGGAGGGCAAACCAGUGGCUCUGAACUGCAGGACUGAUGCAAACCCAGCAGAGCUCAACUACACCUGGUACAGAGAGACUGGAUCUCAAUUUGAGUUUCUCCAGACUGGUUAUAAUCACACCUACAUUGUGACAAACCCUACACACGGCGCAUGGUAUGGCUGUAAUGCUCAAAACCAGCAUGGCCAACGCAACGCUACAAUUCAACUUGAUGUUCAGUUUGCACCCAAUAUCUCCAGCUCUUGUAGCCGAAACAGUGUAAUCGCGUGUGUCUGUGAGGCUCAUGGGAAUCCCUGCCCUACACUAGAGUGGCGUCUGUCUGGACAUGUGCUCGCUAACUCUACAGAAACCUCCAUCAGAGAGGAGACGCUAGGAAGCACAGGAGUGAAGAGCGUCCUGACCACCCGUCAGUCCCUCACAGACACGGACGUCCUGCAGUGUUUCAGCUCAAACACUUACGGCAGAGCGAGUCAACAGUUUCAGACCUUCCCAUCAACACAAGAGACAAGUUUCCAUCAUCCAUCAGUGCUGCUCGGAGCUGCUGUCGGCGCGUCAGUGAUGAUGAUCGUGUGCAUCGUGAUGCUCUGCUGUGAACGAAGAAGGAAAGAAAAACCUUCAGAAACCAGACAAGACGACACAUCUGGACUCAUUCUGACUCAAACUGCCGUUGCUCUGGAUAAUGACGGCCAGUUUGUUUACGGCAAUAAAGGCAUGCUGUCAUCCACCGCACCGAGUUCACCAGAAUCUCUUCAUUAUUCCUCCAUCGACUUCACAAACACUGAACCACCGUCAGGAGAGAUCACGGGCAUCGCCUCGCUGACCAGUGAAUACGCUACGGUCCGACACCGUCCUGCAGGAGCCACAGACACAGAGAACAACACCUCAACAUCUGAGACAGAGCCUAAAAAACAAGACGUGACAGCAGAGAUCACAGACACCUCAUCACCAGCAUCAGAAGAUAUGAUUUAUGAAAACGUGCACCAGAGGGAUUUUUAGAGCGAUUUAAGAGGAAUGACUUACUUUCAUCUGUGGAACAUAAAAGAAGAUAUUUUAUAUUUUAAGAUAUUUUUUCUCAGUGUUUUAACAGGGUAGUUUGCCCAAAGAGGCCAAGAUGUAAGUGAUGUUGUCAUGUGUAGAAGAGUAAAGAAGAUUUUUAGCUGACACUGUGCUUCUUGGUGAUUCAUAAAAUGCAUGUUAAUGGGUACCGGCACUUUGAGGGUCAAAAAAAAGCAAACAUGCUAUUACAAGUAAUCCAGUCCUGUAUAAUUUAUUUUUAUGCAUUUUAUU